CCCCUCGGCCAGGCAUGGAGGGGCUAGGAGCCAGCGCCCGGUGCCCGGUGCAAGAGCAGCGUGCCCGUUGGGAACGGAAACGCGCCUGCACUGCUCGGGAGUUGCUGGAGACGGAGAGGCGCUACCAAGAACAGCUGGGGCUGGUGGCCACGUACUUCGUGGGGAUUCUGAGAGCCAAGGGCACCCUGCAACCAGCGGAGCGCCAGGCCCUGUUUGGGCCCUGGGAGCUCAUUUACGGCGCCAGCCAAGAGCUGCUUCCCUACCUCGAAGGAGGGCACUGGGGACUGGGGCUGGAAGGCUUCUGCUCCCACCUGGAGCUCUACACCCAAUUUGCCGCCAACGCAGAGAGAUCCCAGACCACCCUGCAGGAACAACUAAAGAAAAAUAAACGUUUCCGGAGGUUUGUGCGACUUCAGGAAGGCCGCCCUGAGUUUGGGAGCCUUCAUCUCCAGGACCUGCUCCCUCUGCCUCUGCAGAGGCUCCAACAGUAUGAGAACCUUGUUGUGGCUUUGGCUGAAAACACAGGUCCCAACAGCCCUGACCACCAACAGCUUACACGGGCCGCCCGGCUGAUAGGUGAGACUGCUCAGAGAGUCCACAGCAUUGGUCAGAGACAGAAGAAUGACCAGCACCUCCGGCGUGUUCAGGCUUUGCUCAGUGGCCGCCAGGCAAAGGGGCUUACCUCAGGUCGCUGGUUCCUACGUCAGGGCUGGCUACUGGUAGUGCCUCCCCGUGGGGAGCCUCGGCCCCGAAUGUUCUUCCUCUUCUCUGAUGUGCUCCUCAUGGCCAAACCUCGACCCCCACUGCACCUGCUGCAGAGGGGCACCUUUGCCUGCUGUGCCCUCUACCCCAUGGCCCAGUGUCAACUCCACAGGGUCUUUGGCCAUUCAGGAGGCCCUUGUGGUGGACUGCUCAGUCUGUCCUUUCCCUGUGAGAAGCUACUGCUUAUGUCCACAGACCAGGAAGAGCUGUUGCGCUGGCACCACAGUCUGACUUUAGCCAUCAGCAGCCAGAAGAGCUAGAGGAAUCUUACAAAUUCCAGAACCCAGGAUACAUGAGGAAUAGGUCAGAGUCAGGAGUACAAAGAAAUCUUCAGUACUAAACAAAACACAGACCCCUUCAUGGUUUGAGAAGGGUCGUUUUGUGUUUGUUUGGGACCAGUCUGCCUUUAAGAAUCAGGAAACAAAGUCCGACCCAAUUGAACCUCUGCUGAACCAGCCCCUCCAAUACGGAUGAGGGGCUUUGGACUGAUAAGCUCGGUGCUGUGUCUAUGGCUGGUUGUUUGUCAAGACUGCAGCUUUGUAAACAUGGAUGUUUUUAUGUUGUACGCAGUUUCUAUAAUUUAUUUUCCCACUGGAUUUUAGUAAAGUGGUUUUUGUUUUUGUUUUCA